AUGGAUUUCAAUAAUGAAAUGCUGAGAUCAAAUUCAGAAAACAUUUUCUUUGCUAACGAUAAGGAUUCAGAGACAUCAUUCUAUGAAAAAAGGCACAUAAUAUACACAGUGCUAAAUAUGUAUGCAAGAAGAGUUCUUUUUAAAGAGGAGUUCCUAGAAUUAAAUAAUUUAGCAUACAAUGCAUUUAUGGUAUUUCUAUGCGAGUAUAUUGAAAAAACUAUAGAAUAUAACCAGGAUAUGGUUAUACCCACAAUUGAUAAAGCGAUAGAAAAGACUAGAAUGUUUGUGGGGGGCAUUUAUGCUACUGGACAAGAUAUCAAGAACCAUGUGCAGAGAGAUGCAUAUUAUAAUUUUAUGAAUACCAAUCAUCUAUUUAUAUUGGAUAAAAAUCUACUUGACUGGUAUAUGCGAACUGAUAUCAUGGUCGCCCUGUCCAAUAAUGUGUAUGCACAAACACUGGGGCCGAUUGAUGCUUUUGACGCAUUAAAUUAUCUUUUUAAGCCGUCUAGCUCUGGAAAGUGUUCUAGGUUACAGAGGGUAUUAGAUAUAAUAACAGAAUUUGGAGGAAUGCUUGCUGGGCAAGAUGGAGAGGAAGGUGCUGAGUUGAGUUUAUAUAGAUUGGGGCUAGACAAUGAUGAUGUUUACUCGCUGUAUAUAUUUGUAUGCACAAAUCACAUUGGAGUUAAUGUGGCAGUGCAGUUAAUAAAAGAGGUAAUUUCUGCUAAAAGACAGCAAAAAAACGGUUUUCCGAUUAUACAGAACAUAUACAGCGCACUAUUCUUCAUGAUAGAGAAAACACAUAAUUUAUCAGACACUGCUAUAUAUACAAAGAACGUGUUUAAAUAUGUUUUGAAGGAUCUUCAGAGCUACAAAAACCCUGGAUCUAUUAAAUUCAUAGACAAUCUUAAGCCAUUGCGCGAAAGGUAUCCUAUUGACACAGAUUCUUUUAUCGAAAAUGUUUCUGAUGUAUAUAGAGCAUGUAUGCAGGAAAAAAUAGGUGCUAUUUUUAGCUCGCCUAUUCCCAUAUCAAUAGAUAAUGGGCUUAAUCAAGAUGAGUUAAAACUAGUCGAUGCUAUAAACAGGCUUACAAUUUCUCCUGAUGAUUCUCCUGCUUACCAAGGUACACUAAAGGAAUUCUUACUGGGCCUAUUAAUAAUUUUUAUAUUAUUAGCAAUUACCAUAUUCAUAGUUUGGUGCAUUAUAUCGCAAAUAAUCUUGAGCGAUCAGGUGUCUUCAUUUAUAAAGAGAAUACUGCAUAAAAUAUACAUGAAUAUAUCUUAUUUGUUUUUAAAGGUGCUAGAAAAGACAAAAAGUCUACAGGUAUUAGAUUAUAAUAUGGUUAAUUAAUUUAUCUACUACAAACUAGCUCAUCUAUUGUUAUAUAACUAGGAAUGUUGUAUAUAUGCGUUGUUGGGGUGUAUUAAGUCAAAUAAAGUGUAUUUUUAUAUAAUGUGAACUAAACGCACUAAAUGGCAUCUAACAUUCUUGAGUCAUAUUCU